AAUUUGCGCUUGCGCCUUGUUCUUUUGCGCAGGGAACGUGUGUUCUAUGCCGAGCGAGGCUUUGACGCCUCGGCGAGCGGUCCUCGUUCGGCGUUUCGAAGAAGGAGGUGCGAGUCGGGGGCGUUGGAGGCGGUGGCCGGGGGAGCGCGCUCGGGGCGUAGAAGCGAUUCAGGAGCGACGCCCCACAGAGAAGGAGGAGGGUGCUUUUUUUUUUUUUGAGACAGGCUUUUCGGCGCGCGCAGAGGUCCUCCGAGGUAUUGUUUUUUUCAAUGCCGUUUUCUUCUGAUACGCCGCGCGGCGCGUCGGCGUGCGAUGGCGACUCACAUCUGAGCGCGGGAGCGUCCUGCGAGUCCCGCAUGGGCGGCUGGGAGGAGGGCCGGCCGUUUGCGCCGUCUUUUGGGCUCAAAGGAGACGACGGAGCUGGAAAUGAUGGGAAGUAAAAAGAGAGACCCAAAGGAAAACCGAGACCGAGCGGUGCACCUUCCCCCGCCUUCGCACGAAAGCGGUCGUGUGUGCAUGGUAGACGAUCCGACGAGGGUUUUGGACGCGCCUUUGCCCCGCGAUCCGGAGUUGUCUAGCGAGGGUUCCGAGUCGGAUUCGGGGUCGGAUUGGAGCGACUGGGUUUGUGACAGGCCGAUGUCGGACUCGUGCCACCGGAGUGAGGAGGAGGCCGUGCGCAUUGCUUGUUUUUGCCCGCUGGCGUUCUCGAGUUUGGAGGAGCUUUUCGGCCAUCAGGUCUUGGCGCAUCGACUCGACUUGGCGCGACUCCUCCAGGGUUUCUGCGCGUCGAACUCUUCGGUGGAUCCGAGCUACGUUCGCGCCAAGCUGGUUAAUUAUCUCCGCUCGCGCGCGCGGAUCGACUCUUUUCAGCGAGAUACGCACAUACAGGUCUCAGGGGACGAGUGGCUCGACGACCGGUACCUUAGGCCGGAGCUGGAGGACGAUCCGUUGCUUUAUUUGGAGUGGGGUGUGGCGCAAGACGAGUUCGACGACCAAGACCAGGGCGCAGGGUGCCUCGCCGAGGAGCCGAUAUGCGUCGCCCGCUUGAGCAAGGUGUCCAGAGAGGAGCUGGAGCUUUCUUACGCGGCGAUGCACAGACGCCUCGUGAGACAGCAGAAGCAGCUGGAACAUUUGAAGGCGGUGCUCAGCGAAGACGCGCCCGCGCGGGCUCCGGAAGCGGGCGACGAGGACUACUUCGAGGGGUACGCCGGCUUUCACAUACACGAGGAGAUGAUAAAGGACGAGGUGAGAACCAGCUCCUACGCCAAGUUCAUUCUCCAGAACCGCGCGUGGUUCGAGGGGAAGGUGGUGAUGGACGUCGGGUGCGGCACGGGGAUACUGAGUCACUUCGCGGUGAUGGCGGGGGCGAAGCACGUCAUAGCGGUUGACCAGAGCGCGAUCAUCGAAUACGCAAAGGAAAUCGCGGUCGAGAACGGACGCGAGGACCGCAUUCAAUUCAUCCGGAAGAAAGUGGAGGAUUUGACGAGUGAGGACAGCCCGUGGCUGGCCAGGCGACAAGUCGACGUCAUCAUCUCUGAGUGGAUGGGAUACGCGCUGUUGUUCGAGUCGAUGGUAUAUUCCGUCCUGUUUGCUCGGGACAGGUGGCUUCGCGUGGCCACGGGCAGAGUUUGUCCGGACAGACAAAGGAUGUACGUGGUUGCGAUGAGGGCCGAGAAGCUGCGAGAACAAAAAGUGGAUUUUUGGAAGCAAGCGUACGGAAUACGCAUGGAAUCUCUGUGCAAGCUCGUCUGCAGCACGCCGCUGAUCGAAUCGAUGGCGGACGCGACGCCGAUAAGCAACGCGUUCAUGUUUUUUGAGUUAGACUGCCAAAUUGCGGCGGCGGAUCAGGUCGAAAAACCCAUGUUCUACUCUUUGUCGAUCCAUUUUGACUCGGUCAUAGACUGCCUGGUCAUCUAUUUCGACACUCUGUUCACCGGCGACCCGAGCGCCGACAUCCAGCCCGUGACGUUCUCGACAGGUCCGGAAUCGCCGGAAACGCACUGGAGACAGACGGUGCUCAUGCUCGCGCGCCCUCUGCCCGUCGCAGAGGGCAGCCUCGUGUCCGGAACGAUUCAGUUCGAGCCGUGCAGGCGACACUCGAGAGACCUGAGCAUCUCCCUGACCGUGUGCAUCGACGGACAGCUCGUCGAGAAGCAAACGUACAGAAUUUCAUAAAAGACGCCUCCCCGCGGUGCGCGGGCGCCGCGCGGUUGCGUACAACUCGCGCCCAAGA